UGUUGAUAAUCUAAAAAAAAUGGCUUCUACGCCAGAACAAGUUGUUUGUACUCCAACUUUUGUUUUUCCUACUGCUUUCCCAGUUAAUGGUUUCCAACUCUGGAAAGACGAACCGAAAGAUGUUUUGACUCUCUGCAAUAGCACUGCUGCUUGGACUGAUUAUAGAGGAUUUGACCCUCGAUCCCACUUAGCUAAUUUUCAUGUAGCUGCUGCUGCUGCAAGUCAGUCUCAGCCGCUACAACACACUGACGAUUCUUCCAAAUCGAAAGGUGGCAACAGAGGUAUCAAGAAUCAUCUUUCUAAUCAGAAUGAUUACCCGCCUCAAAGAAAUCUACUUGUAGCAUCUGCACCACCCGCUUUUCCAGGAAUAGAUUCAGGAUUGAAAAUUCCCAAUCCUAAUUUAGAUAAACAAUCUCAGCAGCCACCACAGCAGCCGCCUCAGCCACCCCCACCUCAACAACAACAACAGCAGCAGCAACAACAACAACCUCAGCAACAGCAGCAAAACCAACAACAGAACCAGCCCCAGCACCACCAUCAAACUCACGAAGAAAACCCUCUAGUAUCUGAAAAGGAUCAACGUUCUUGGCCUUGUCCUUCAUGUAAAGUUCCAUUUAAGCAAGCCUCUGAACUGCAGGCUCAUUUGUCCGCUCAUACAAAGGGUGAGAAGACUGUGCCCUGUGAUAUUUGUGGGAAAUAUUUUGCAUCGGGUGAUCGGGUUCGUAUACACGUCAAGGCAGCUCACGGUGAAAAAUCUUGUUCCUGUGAAAUCUGUGGUAGUGGUUUCAGUUACCGUUGCAAACUUCUUGACCACAUGAGGACCCAUACAGGAGACAAGCCUUUCCAUUGUGAGGUAUGUGGAAAGAGCUUUUCUCAGAAAAACCACCUCACUCGUCAUUCCAUGAUCCAUACUGGUGAACGUCCAUAUCCUUGUGAUUUUUGUGGUAGGGGUUUCUAUAGGAAAGAUAAGUUGACUCGACAUCGUCGGAUUCAUACUGGCGAGCGACCAAGUGGACAACCCAGAAGACGUGGUGGUGGACAGUUUAAUGCAAAAAUCCCUCAAAAUGCAGUUCGUCAUGCUCGAGGAAUGGCACAUCAUGUUGGAACAUCCGGUCAAAAUAGUGCAGCCCCAAAUAGUGCAUCAGCUAGUUCAAGUAAUAUUAAGAUGGAAUCGGGAAUGGCUGAACCUAUCCCUAGCACUUCUACAAGUACAAAUCUAAGUUUUGCACCUCCAACUUUGACACCCACCAUCAGCCCUAGCCAUUAUAGAGCAUCACCUUACAAGCCAGACUGGCAAACACCACCAUCUGGUGUUCACUAAAAGAACUAAUAUUUCAAUAAUACUUACUAUGCAUUAUUCUAUUAUUGUAUUGUCUAUUAACUAAAAUGACAUGUGCCAGAGAAUGUAUAAAUGGAUUUAAAUGUUUUUUUUUGUUAGGAUUGUUUUUCAGUACUUAAUAAAGACCUUGAAAAUUUAACUGGCAUCAGCUUUGUUGUCUUUCUAGUGUUUUUAAAAUUUAUGAUUUAUGGGGUUCAGCUUUCUAUUUUCUUUUUUGUCAUAAGAAUUUUUUUAUUCUUUAAUAUCUGAGAAUAAAAAGACAUUUGUAAUCUUAAUGAUUAUUUGCAAACAUAUUGAAACAUUUUUAAAAAAUUUUUUUUAUUAGCAAUUCAUAGUUUUUUUUUUUGCUAGUAAAUAUAAUGUAAAUGCUUUUACUUUAACCAUAAUUUUAAGGUACUUUGAAUUAUUGUCAUCAGAGAAAUGAUCUGAUGCCAGUUUAAUUUUUAUGUUGAGAAUAUGAUUAUUCUUGAUCUGAAUUUUUUUAUUACCCACCGCAAAGUCUCCUUCUCCCAGUGUAGAAGGCUAAACUUGACUGCAUUAGUGAAGUAAUGGUCAUUAUUUCAGCUUAUACACAUGGUUAUCUACUUAGUAUUAUUUUACAUUUUUUCUUAUUUCCUUAAAUUUGAUUGCAAAUGCUAGUUUGCUUACUUACUACUUAAAAUCGAUAAAUAUAUAAAAACACAAAGACUUCCUGAUGGGUAUUUUUAUAAUAAUCGCAUAAUAAAUGCAUGUAUAGUAAUUUUCUUUUAUACUAUAGUUUUUUGUUAAUUAUCCAGAAUGUAUAAAAACUACCUUUUGACAAUCAUUUAAGCCUAUAAGAGACGAGAUACAGCAUGUUUUCGUUUUUGUACAUGAAGAUAGCAUGAUUAUUAUUUUUAAUGGAAAAUGGUUAAAGUUUUGUUCAAAUUUGGAAAUUUAUAGUAUAAAUAAUGAAAAUGUUUAAUCCUGAUAAGAUAAUUUUUUUUAAAUGUUCAAAGGACAGUAAUCAUUAAUUUUUAUAUGGGAAAUAUACAGAUAAUUUACACAUGCUUACUAAUUCACGACAGUCAUGGUUUAAAAAUAAAAAUAUUAUGCUCUUUAAACCUUAAUUUCUGUGUAAAGUUGUCGAAGAAGGCGGGGGGUGAUGAAAAAUUUUCAGACAGUAAGGCUUAUAUAUAUCUUUUAGUUCUGAUUAUAACAAUUACAAAGAUAGUUUUUGUACACUCUGCAUCUCUAUAUAUUUAUUUGCUUCAUGAUUAUUUUUACAAUCAUCUUAUUUCUCUUUGAAGAAUAUUUUGUAAUAGAUCUUUGUAAGAUCAAUAAAUAUAUUGAUGUAUUUUAAUUUUAACAUAAUUAAAUAAACUUCUGGUAUUGCAAUACUUUUUUAAAAAUUAAUGAAGUAAUAAGUAUAAUUAAAAUUACAAUUUGUUAUAUUUUUUAUAUAGGACCUUUUCUGUAAUUAAAGAGCAAUAAUUUAAAAUUUAAUGAAAAUGCAGGUAAUUUAUAUUAAUCAUUAUGCAAGUUUUAAAUAGAAGUCUAAUCAAAUCAUAUGUCUUAUAAUAUACUGCUAUUUUCUUACAUUUCGAUAUAUUUACAUUCUCUUAUUCUUUUAAUAUUCUGCAAAUUUUUUUACAUUUGGAUAUAUUUGCAUUCCCUUAUUCUUUUUUCUGAUUUUUAACUAUGUUGAUCCAAAUUAAAACUUGCUUAAAUUAUAUAAUGAUUAUAUAAUUUGCAUUUAAAACUGAACAGAAAUCAUUUCAAAUAUUACAAAAUUCGUUCAUCAAUACAGAAAUUUGAAACUAAAUCGAAUGACUUUAAGACCAUAAUUUUUUUUAAUUAUAAAAUAUGCCGAUCUUUAAAUUAAAGAAUUUGGGGAAAAGACAUUUACUUAAUUUUACAUUUAGUUAUGAAAGUUCUGUAUUUUUUAAAUUUCCAACUAUUUUUGUAUGAAUUGUAUAUUUUUUAAAAUCUAUGUUGAAAAAUGUCAAUUUUUUUUUCUUGCUUAUUUCAAUUUUAUAAGUAUGCAAAUUUUAUGCAAGAUAACGUGAAUUUCAACAGUUUAAAAAUAACUACAUAAAUAAAAUGAUUUUUAUCUAAAUAAAGAUUAUAUUAUAGCCUUUAAAGCAUUUAAUCCCUACUUAUCUCUGGCAAGAAUACUGUCCAUAACUUUUUAGUGAUAAUAAUAGAUAUUGAAAUGUAUUUAGAUGGAAUUCAAAGAUACUUUUGAAAAAUAAAACAGUUAUAGUUAAGUAUUAACAUUAAUUUUCAGCUUCUUGACUAGUUAUUUCUUUAAUUACAUUUAUUUGUUAGAAUUAUUUAAAAACAACCUUGUAUCUACAAAAAGUUUUAAUAUGUACUCAGUGUAUAAGAAAGUCAGUUUUCUUGGUUAGUUUUUAUUUGAUAGAAAAGUAAUAUGUUCAUACCAUCAUAUUUUUAUUUAACUUCUUAAAUUGGUAUAAAAACUAAAUGUGACAUAUUGUUUUCAUUAUCUGACCAUAAGCAAAAAUUAAAAUAGCUAUUUUUAGUAACUCAUACACUUUUUUUUAAAUAAAGCGAAUUUAGAUUCAUAAAUGAAAAUAAUAAUUAAAAAAACAAACCUGAAACACCCAAGUGCAUUUCCAACUUCUGUUUGAGAAGGGUAAAUGAAAAGCUAGCUUAAAACUUUUUUUUUUCCUUCAAGAAAUAGUAUUAAAGCACUUGAAUUGUUUACAGUUUAUUAACUAUUUCUAAAAAAGAAUUGAUAAUUCAACUUUUAAAUUAGUUUAAUAGGUCUUAUAAAAAUAGUCAAGCAUUGUGACCAUCACAAUUGCUUUGCUGUGAAGCUACUAGAAAUGUUUAAGAUUUUUUGUAAAAACAGUGCUAUUUUGUCUGUUUAUAUACGUUCAGGUAAUUAACAUUUCCAAAAAAUAUUAUACAGUGAUCCAAAAUUAAAUUAUACAAAAUUAAUUUUAACUUAAAUCCUGUUUUUUGUUCGUUAGCUAAAGAUAACUAAUCACUAUUUUAAGUUUUCUUAGGAAAUAUAUUGAAAAUUUUAAAUGGUAAAUAAAUUGUUUUGGAAUUUGGCUAUGUAAAAUAAAAUGGAAUAUUUUUCAGUCUUGUGAAGCAGUUGUGCAUGUAAUUCUUUAGUGGCUAUAUGUUUGAAUGUUUUGCCAUAUCCUGAGGUGAAUGAAAAGCAGCUAGACAAAUCUUCAAUAUCUAAAUCAAAUCUCUGCCUUAUAUAUCUUAAUGCAAUAAAACUCCUUUUGAGCCAAAAACUCUAUUGUUAUUCUGAGUAUUUUAUUUCAGAAUUGAAGUGAUAAACCAUAGAUAUUUUUAAUAGUAUAAAUUGUGUGUAAAAGUUUACAGUGAUUAAUAAAAGUUUUUUUAAAAUUCAAUUAAUGCUAGGUAUGUUUUCACUAGGUAAACAUUUUGCUAUUUUUAUAUUUUCUUUUAUAAUAAAUGCCUUAGUCUUAAAAGUUACUAAACUUUUGUGAUGUUAAUUAUACCUCAUUUCUGUAAUUAAAACAUUGCUUUAGUGUAGUCAUAUUUUUUUCCUAUGUUGUCCUUUUAACUAUUUCUUAUAUGUGAGAAAUAUUUCAUUUUGAAAGUGAUAUUUUUCUGCCAUUCUUCAACAUUUCAUGUAAAAAAAAUUGUGCAGUCAACAAGAUCUGAUAAUUGUUUAGUUAUGUAUUUUUAAAAAUUUGACUAUAGAUCUGGUGCCAAUGCUUUAUUUUUCAUUGUAAAUAAUGACAUUUAUACUCUGUAUUUAGUUUGCUGUAAAAAUAAGGCAAGCCAAAAUUGUAUUUCUGUGUGUGAAAUUUGUAUUUUGCCUUUUUUUGUUUGUUUGUUUGGGUAGUUUGAUGUGCCAUUAUUGUAGGGAGAAACGUUUGUCUGUAGCUUGAUAUUUUUGUACCAGUUGUAGGACAGUAUUCUUCAUUCACAGAGAAACAUGUCUCCGAUCUGGGAAUGUUUAAUAACGUGAUAUCUUUAAACAGUUAUUGUUUUAAGUUUUGCUCAUUUUUUUUACUGUAUACUAUCAACUUUGUGAACUUUCUGAUAUGUUUUUAACUUCUCAUUUAUUGUCAUUUUAGAUUUCAUAAUUAAACGAUUGAAAAA